CUUUGCUGACUAUAAAGGUAUCAUCUUUUUGUCUCUCUGCAAAUUCGUGAGGAAGCUCAAAUGAGUUCACUCGCUCGAUCACUCGGGCGAGCUGCUUCGUCGCCGUCGUCCAGCGCCGCCGUACCAGCACUACUGCGUCUUUGCUCCUCGUCUUCUUUCGAGCGCCGUUCCACCGCUUCACCUGCCGUGGCAUGGAAGUCCACUGCCUCCUCCAUGGCCAAGUCGGCUAAUAAACCGUCGAGGGAUGGUGGUUCUGGUUCUUCCCCCGCCGUCGUCAAUUGGCCGAGGCCGAGCGAGAUACCGUUUCAGGCCAAGGUCGCCAACUCCGUCACCCUAAUCGGUCGCAUCCGCAUGCCGGUUCAAUCUCAGAACGGUCCCGACGGCAAGCUUUGGGCGAGCACCGUCGUCACUCGCGACGAGUCUCCGGACUCUCCGUCGCUCUGGAUUCCCAUCACAUUUGAAGGUGAUUUGGCUCAUAUUGCGGCUUCACAUCUGAGAGAGAACGAUCAUGUCUGUAUCGCAGGACAACUGAGUGCAAAUCCACCCCCACUGGAGGUUAACCAGGGUCAGACGGAGGUCCAGGUGGUGGUACACAGCAUUAACUUUGUUGAAGGAUCUUCUCAAGUGAAGAAAAGCUCUGUCUCUCAUAGACAUGAAAAGUCUUCUGGCAGUUGUGCUGUUACUCAACAGUAUGAGGAAGACCCGUGGAAAGACCUCAUUGAUAAUCCAACAGACUGGUGGGAUAACCGUGACAAUAAGCACCGUGGAUUGGUGAGUCACAAGUACCCUGAUUUUAAACGGAAGGAUGGUUCUGUAGCUCUCUGGCUUGGUAAAGCACCCAAGUGGGUUUUACCAAAGAUUGAAGGCCUUGAAAUUGACGCUCAAUCUUGUAAAGGAAAAAUCGCAAAGGAGCAAAAUGGUGAUGAUGCCUGGAAGAGCUUGGUGGAAAACCCAGAAAAGUGGUGGGACAACAGGUCAAACAAGCGCAAGGAAAAGUCCCCUGACUUCAGGCACAAAGAGACCGGACAAGGACUUUGGCUGGAUGGCUUGCCGGCUUGGGUGCUAUCUAAGUUGCCUCCUAUUAAAGCUCAUGAUGUUAUGGCUACAAACAAGAGUAAUAACGUGCUCUUUUGAUCAAUGAAAAUAAUGAAAAAAUUCAGGAGGCAGUUGAAUCUGAUGACUCGAUUCUCAGUUGGUAAGGCAGGCAAAUUGUCAAAGGUUGCUUGGAUCUUGAGAUGCUUAUGUUUGAUAGACUUGCCCUGUCAUCGUCGUUUGUUCCAGAAGCUGCAUUACAUGUUCUUUGAGGAAAAUAAGAGUUCUUUGGCUGCAAAUGUGGAAAAGGUUUGAAUCGUUGUAGACUUGGACGUGUAAUGUCAGUUGAAACUUUUAGCUUCCUAGUGAACCAUAGCAUUCUCUUUUCUUCUCUUCUUUUAUUUUGUUAUUUUUGCCUAUCGUGUUCAUUUGGCGAAUAUAUUGAUUUAAAGGGACAAUUAUAUCGGUGAAUAA